AUGAAUUAUUCGUUAACCGAUUUCAAUGGCAGCUUUACAACGCUGUUACUGAUCGACAAUGAUGAUGAUACUAGAAGCGGAAGAUCUGCGAGACCUUCUGGCGUUCUCACAUCCACGGCUCGAACGUUUGUACACGAUGGCACAACAACGGAGUACGGAACUCAAGUCAUCGGUACCACGUUAGAUCAUGGAAAAUAUUAUGCUCAAUUGUUACAAACUAGUUCGAAAAUAUAUUACGGAAGUCAUGAGAAAACGAACACGAUUAAAACCAAAUCCGACGAUAGAGUUUAUUACAAGAGUCGUUAUUUAGGUUUUCCACACAAUGUCGAUAAUUACAUACAAUCCUCCAUUUUUCAAAAUUUUCAACCCACUGAACCUUAUUUUAUAUACGCGAGCAAAGAAUCCAAUCCCGAAAAUCUAAUCAAAACGGAAAAUUUUGAAAUCUCAUUCGAAAACGGCGGUGCUAAUUAUCGCGAUUCGAAAUCGAAAAAAGAAGGCGGUGGUUUUGGUGUUGGUGGUGGUGGCGGUGGCGGCAGCGGCGACGGCGGUAACAAAGAGGUUAUCAUAUUUCAAAGCGGCGACUCCGGACACCGUGCGGGAAAAAAUGAAGAAAGCGGUGAAGUUAUCGAAAACGUCAUAAAACAAGAAAGGAUUAACUUGUUUAACAAAAACAACGGUCAGUACGAAAUAAAACCGACAAAAGUUUUUUCCAAUGAUCUUCCGACCGUCACCAUUCGUCACGAUUUUGCACCGAGCGGAUUCAGCGUCGUGACGGAAGAAAAAAAAGAAGAAAAAAUUUUCAAACCGGAAAAAACAAAAUUGAGAUCCGGUAAAAGUUUUGUUAGUAAACCCGUUGAAAAAAAAUUCGACACCGUCACAUACAUGGGUUUUGCUGAUUUUGUAACAACGGUUGGCAAUACUGUUAUUGUUUUUAUGCCGAGCACGAGAUCGGGAGAUGAUAAAGUUAAAGAAGUCACCGUGACUAAAAUUGAAAGUGCACGAUCUAAAAGCGGACAAGAUGAAACCGUCGUGAAAACUCUCGUGUCGGAAAAUCCGAUAACCGUUACUAAAACCAUCAUCGAACACGAUGUUAAUCUUCAAACAACUGUACCGUCCCCGGUGGGCCUGGACAAAGGUGAAAACAAAGGGUUCGGAGAAGGUUUGGAAUAUGUAUCGUCGGCUUUAGCGAAAGAACAAAUUAAAUUUGGAAAUCCCGGUUUUGUCACGACCAUUUUAGAACCUUCCGAAGUACUUUUGGAACCGUCCGAAACUAUGUCUUAUUCUUCGAUUUCUAGAACUUCUCAAGUCACGGAACCUUUAGCGACGUUUGCAACAACCGUAACGAGAACUUUUAACACCGGUGGUAGCGAUAAACCUUUGGGCUUGUUGAAAUCGAUCGGAGGAACAAAAGCGUACAAUGGUACGACCACUCACUUCGCCAGCAUGAUUUACGGUACUUUUAUCGACGGAAGCUACGCUCAGAUACUUAAAACGUCAUCCAAUAUUUAUUAUUUGGUUGAAACUCCCGACAGUAUAACGGCCACCGUGGUUAUCGAUCAAUCAAAUACCGAUUCACCAGAUACGAAAGUAGUAGUCGAAGUUGAAAAUCCUUCGACGACGGAUGUUACCUUAUCCGGUGUUGUUACAACUCCGGUAACCGUUGACGGAGAAGAUGAAUUGCUCGAAACAUCCGAUCCUGACGACGACGAGGACGACGACGACGUCGAUGAAAAGAUUCGAUUGGGAACAACAACUGAAUAUGUUACCGAAGAAAAUAAAACGGAAGAAGGUAUUAUAAAAUCCGAAAAAGACGACGAUGAUGAUGAUGAAGAAGAAGUAAAACAACCUGAAAAGGAUGAUGAUGAUGAUGAUGAUGAUGAUGAUGACGAUGGUAUAAAAAUUGUUAAAGGCGAUGACAAAGAAGUAAAAUCGGAGAGCGAAGAUAUUAAAAAUAAGGAUACCCUUGACGAAACCGAAAUUACACAAACGGAAAAAGAUAACGUUGAUGUUUCUCAAACGAAAACCGAAGGCCUCGUCACUAGUUUGGUACCAACUACGGUCUAUAAAACGUUUACUUACUUAACAACAUUUUUUAUUCCGACGGAUGAAACUACGACAACAUCUAUUCGAUCUAGAGAAGUUGUUACGUCAGAAGUUAGUUUAGUAACAAAAAUAAUUGAUCCGAAUGCAGUUUCACAAGAAAUUUAUCCCACAACUUCCAUUUCUACACAUGCCAAUGAACUGGAUAGCGAUGACAUGGAUGAUGAAUUUCAAUUACCCGAUGCUAAACUUUCAACCCCGGACGUAAUUCCUGUUACCGAAGAAACAGACAACAAUAAAGAAAAUGAAACAACAGCAACGACGACUACAACAACUACAACUACUACCACUACUACCGAAAAAGUUUUGGUAACCGAAGAAACACCACAAUCAACUUUUGUUACGGCCGGUAAUGCAGAUGAAACGGAAAGCACGAAUACUGAAGUAACAUUACCAGACACUACUACUCCAUUAACAUUGCAAGAAACUCCCUCGUUAACAACAGUUACCGAUAAUGUAGAAGAAAUAAAAACAACAACUACCGAAGAACCGAAAGCAGAAGAAGAAGAAGGAGAAGGAGAAGAAGAAGAGGAAAAGGAAAAACCAGAAAAAUCCGAAGAUUCUGAAACCGCGACCAAAGACGAUGAUGAGAGCGAUGAUGAAGAAGUCGAAGUCAUUUUUAAAACAUUGUUUACGACAUACACUUAUUUGACCACCUUUUUCGACGAGUCGACGAGUAUUUCUUCGAGCGAAGUCGUAGUUACAAAUAUUAUUACGUCGACAUUAGAUGCCACGUCGGAACUUUCGUCUAAACCGGUACCCAAAAGCACUCCCGUGUCUGACGAAGAAGUCAAACCCACAGAAUUGCCAAAAAAUAUUGCAGAAGGCGAAAUAAGUCCCAGUGGUGUUAUACUCGGUGGUGCCGAAACAAAAUUUUUCGACGACGAUGAAGAUGAUGACGAUGAUGAUGGAAAUGAUGAGAACGAAGAUGACAAAUCUUCCGUAACUUCUUCGUUGAAAGAAAUACCGGAAAAAGAAGUGACGGCAACGCCAGCGUUAGACAUCAGCGGUUUGAAAACACUUUACACCACUUACACGUAUUACACCACUCUAGUUGACGAAGAUGACUCCACCGAAGUGCAAACCAAUACGGAAGUUGUUACAAAUGUUGUUGGAGCCAAUUCCGUUUCCGUACUUCCAUCGUCGAUUUUAGAAAAUGAAGCUUUGUUUAAAUCAAAAUUUGAAAUGUUGUUAAGACAACAACAAAGUCAAAGAGAAAGUGGCAAAACUAGUGAUUUACCUUCUUCUUCAUCUUCAUCUUCUUCUUCGUCGCCAUCUUCGUUAAUAUCGAAAUCAGGUAAUAAAGGUUCUUCCCUUUAUUCGAGUAAUCGACUCAAUUCAAGCUCUCAAAGAUUUUCCGGAUCUUCGAUUCAAGCAUCAUCGACCCUACAAUCAAAACUUCAGUCCGAUUUUAGUCGGUUGAGUCAAUCAUCAAAGGGAUCCUAUUUUCCAAAAUUUUCAAUCAAACCUACAGCAUCGCUAAAAGAUAAAUACGGAGUUUUUUCCACUAAAAAAUACAAAGAUUCAGGAAACGAUAAAGGUACCGAAGAAACGGAAGUAACGGAUAGCGAAGAAGAUAAUUCCGUGACUCGAUUAAUAUUAAAAGGAGACAAAAAAGAUAGAACCGUCAUUCGGAAACGUGUCAGAGCCAAACCCAAAGUUCUCGUUAAAGCAACCGAAGUAGAUGAAAACUUGGGUGUGACCACAAUUAGAUUGGAUCCGACUCCCGUCGAAGAAGAAAAAAUUUCCGUUGAAACAAUGGUAACCGAUGUUAAGAGCAGUAGUUCCAAAGGCAGCAGACAAAUUCGCAUAGCGCCACCGGAACCCAUUGAAAGAAUAGGAGAAGUAUUUUACGACGAUCAAAUCAGUUCGGAAACAAACACUGACGAAAUUGAACCGUCUCCGACGAUAGUUUUACAAACGUCUUUCACAACGUUCACGUAUUUCACCACCGUUUACAAAGGCACGAGUUCUUCGGAUGUCAUAAGCAGAUUAGAAACUGUAACAAACAUCGUCACGGAAACUGUGAAACCAGAACUGGCACCCACAUCAGAUUUGAGUCCAGAAGAUUCUACGCUUCCGAUAACGUAUUUUACGACUUUCACCUAUUGGACUACACUUUAUAAAGAAGGAAAUACCAUAAUUACCAGCAGAGAAGAAACCGUUUCGAACGUGGUCACGCCUACCAUUAUACCUUCAUCGACUUCAACGGCAGAAACAACAGCAUCCGUCGACAUCGGUCAAACGACUCCGUCUUUAAUUUCUAAUUUAUUUUCGAGUACCAUUAUUCCGGAUAUCAUUCCCGUGACAAUAACAUCCGAUGUCGUCACAGAAACCGUAAGCACGGAAACUGCUGCUGCAGAUUCGAGCGUAAAACCCACAGACAACUUAACUGAUGUUUUGAUUAGCAAAGAAGGUCUUUUCGGUAAAAUAGAACCUACGACUUAUUUUACCACGUAUACUUAUUUUACAACGAAUUACGUGGAUGAUAGCACCGUGCUAAAAAGUCGAUUGGAAACUGUUACCAACGUGGUCAUUCCAACUCCGACAAUAUCGGAUAUAUUGGUAAAUGAUCUGCAAACCGGCAGAGCCAUAAACUUGGGGUCUGCUAACGCAAUUUCUAAAAUUUCGGAAAAAAGUAGCAGCGGUGAAAAUUCAGUUAAUGCUUUUCAAACGGGACUACUAUCGACCGAAGUAUCUAGUUUGAUUGAAGAUGGAAAAACAACCCUUUACUCGACAGAUAUUUUCGGUACUUUUAUUGACGGACUCUAUGCAAAAGUUUUAGAGAGUACAACAAAGGUUAUUUCAGAAGCGGAAGUGUCUUCUACCAUAGCAUCUUCUUCUUCACCUUCUUCUUCUUCUUCCUCUGCAGUACAAAAAACGGGUAUUGUAUCUAUUAACGAAGGAAAAAUCGUGGAUGCUGAUGGAAUUAGCACAACAUUUUUUACAACCAAAGCGAUAGGAACUUCCAUCGACGAACUUUAUGCUCAAGUGGUCGAAAGCACGACGUCAGUUUACGUUGAUAAUGAUAAAAAAUCAGCUUUAGCCAGUUUGCACACGGAAAGUCAAGACGAAAAUGAAUUUAAAACCGGACUCGUGCGUCUUAUUGAAGGUAGCAUAGUUCAAGACGGUACUACAACUUUGUACGAAUCCAGAGUCAUAGGUACCGUAAUCGAAGGCAGGUAUGCUCAAAUAAUAGAAAGUUCAUCGAGUUAUAAAAUUGAACCAAGCAUUGCUCCUUCUGUGACGAUAGAUUCCGAAGUGACGCAAACGCCGACUGUUGAGUUGACGUCACCUUCGCCUGCAGUUAUCGAGGGAUCUAUUACGGAUGAAAUUAAAACGUCCGAAGAAGAACAAGAAGAAGGUGAAAAUGGUGAGGGCGAUAGUGAAGAAGAAGGAGAUGAAAAAGAUAAGGGAAGACACAAAUCGCGUUUGACGUUCCAGUCUAAAAAGAGAACCUUCACGCCUGUUAUCAGGCCAUUUGCUAGCAGAAAUAGACCGACAUUUUUACCGAAAAAGAAAACUUUAGGCUCUACGGGAGCUCAAACUAUUACGCGUGCAAACUUCACGCCGACAAUUACGGCGACGCUAGCUACAAAAAGUGAGGGAACCAGAGGUAAUAGAUUUGGCGGCAACAGAAAAAGCUCUUAUCAAAAUCUAAGUUCUGAUGUGAAACCGACGGCGAGUAGUAGCAGAAAAUUUGGUAGAAACAGAAGUACAUUUGCUUACUCCUCUCCGACCAUUUCCUCUUCUUCUUAUUCGCCUUCCCGCGGUAGAGGAUCGUCAGCUAGAGUAAGUGCUACGCCGACAUUAAAUGUGAACGGUGGUAGAAGUCGCGCUAAUUACAAAGGAAGCACUAGCAGAGCUGCCUUUAAUUUUGAUGCAGCAGCUGCGAGAAGUAGUUUGGGAAUCGGUCGACCUCGAGUGAGACCGACAUUAUCUGGUUUAAACAGAGGAAUCGGAGGUCAAACAGUUUUAAACAAUCCACCGAAUGAUAAGGUAAAUGAUUUGACGACGAUUGUCAGUGAAGAUGAUGAAGGAGCUUUUACAUCUGAAGAAGACAUUCCAGGAACUACUGUACCGACGACAACAACCGAAGAUCCUAAUUUAGCCCGUCGCAAUAAUAAUCCACUUCUUAGAUUCAGGAGGCCUUUAUUGCCCAAAGUGCAAACAUCGACUACCACACCUAAACCUGCCACAACUCAGGCUCCAAAAAGAGGAAUAUUAAGUGGUAGGAAUAACAGAGUGUCGAAUAUAAAUACGACACCUCGCGGAGCCAGCAGAACUCCAGUAAAUAUUGGACGUAAUAAUUUACCGGGACGUUCCAGGACAGGAAAUAAUUUAUUUCCUCCGAGAGGUUUAUUUAAAAAGCCCACUCCUCAAGAAGUAGAAAAAGAAGAAGAGGAAUUUUUCGAUGACGACGACGAAGAUAACAUUGAAGACGAAGACAACAACUUUGAUGAAUCUUAUACGAAAGAAGUGGAAAUAGAACCGGAACCGAAAAAAAUUGAAAAGGUCGGAAGAGGAAGAGGUUUCAAUCCGGUACAAAUCAGGCCAUUUAAUUUUCAAAGACGGUCAAAAAGACAAGCGGAUUACGGAUCUAGAAACAAACAGAGUUCUGACUCAUCGUUGUCACCGAGAUACCGUCGUCCUAAAGCCAAAGCAGCAGCACCAGUUCAAGCUCAAGAACGCAUAGACUAUUACGAUGAUGAACCGGUUUCAUCGGAAUUGCCAAAAACUCUUAAAAAUGGUAACGGAAGAGUGUAUUCCAGAAACAGACCUCAAAAUCAUCAGGCUCAGACUUCGAGUCCUCCACCACAAUCGAGAAUAAGGCCAACAUCGGCUACGUCGCAAAACUCUCAACGACCACAGUUUACUCUCAGAGAGAAAGACACAAACUCGAGUCCGAAAACCACUAAUUUCAGAAGAGGACAAACUUCUGCUCCUCGUCGAAAGAGUAGUAGCAACACUCACAAGGAAAGUGAAUCUCCUAGAAGAAAAUCAAGUAGCAGAAAUAGACCUCAACAUCAAAAUCAAGCACUCAAUGACUUGACCAGAAAUAAUCAAAGAAGAGGAUACUCUAACAAUAGAAACAAAGUGAGCACGACCAGGCCUAGAGCACGAUUCGGAGAAACAGAUGAUACUUUCACUUAUCAACCUCCUGUUUUCGAUGGAACCAUAACAGUCACGCAUAAAAUUCCCUCGGAAGUAACGAUUCCGGUCGUUAAUGGUAAAGUUACCGAAUACCGGAAUGUAAUUACAGCAAAACCAAGUCUUGAAGUAUUAGGACCUCAUCAAUAUACCAUAAGUAGCACUAAUGGCGGUACCGUUUUGUACUUAAACCGCGAAAUAACCGAAACUUUAAACAACGGAAUAACUGAAAUUACAAAAUUUUUAGUACAUGAAACGCCUACCACGAGCGUUGUUUUCACUCCCACGACAAUUAGAGGACGAAAAACAAGUUUUUCGCACAUCGUACCGAGCACCGUUUACGAUAUAGAAAACAUUGUAACAAGCAUUCAACCGCAAAUAGCAGCAAACGCGCCUUUAGCAAAUAUUUUAUUAUCUCAAUUGUUACUCGGCAACAUUAAUUUGCCGCAGAAUCAACCAUUGGGCAUCCCUCAACCGCCGGCACCCUUAACGCCGACCACCGAAUACAAAGUGAGAACAACGAGCUAUGUAACAUCCGUUACGGAUCACAUUUCUACAGUAUUACCAAUCACGUUCAGAGGAAAGGAAAUAUUAACGACAAUCGUAGAGGAUACGGUUAACGUGAUAACAGCCACUGAAUACAUCACCGACACCAUCGUCGUAACGCCAACGUUCAGCCCCAAUCAGCAAAUAAAUUCUUUGCUAUUGCCAGCACUUCUACAAGCUCAGCUGUUAAACCCCAACCAACCCGUACCUCCGCCUCAACUCCCGAUUCCGGCUUUCACUCAAUUACCCUUCACUCCUCCUCUCGGAAUAGAACAAUUUAAAUACGACGCAUUACAACCCCAAGAUUUCAAAUUGGAACCCGUGACGGACGACAGAUUAAAAUUGGGAAGAGACAACGACAUUCACUUGGAAAGAGAACUCGAAGAAAGAACCGUCGAGGGAACGGAAAACGUUAAAGUCUCACACAAAUCCAAAAGUCGUAAAAAAAGUGAUAAAAAAAGAUUAGAACCGGAACCGGCGAGAGAAAUCAUAACGCUCUACGUUUCGGGUAGGAAACCCGGAGAAUUCAGCACCAUAUUAUCAACGGUCACGAGCGGUGAAACAUCCGUCAUAGUUCGAAAAAGAGAAGCUCCAUUGUACGACGUUGAAAAAUUUUUCAUAAAACCAUCCGAAGCGAAACAAAUGAAAGUCUUAUCAUCGAUAGCUUUGAUGACCCUUGACGAAGACGCGUCACAUCCAAAUGAGAAAACUUAUUUAGAUUAUUACGUAUCGCCGGCAGCAUCCGAGGUACACGUACCCGUUCCGAGCAAGGAUAUCAAUUUAGAGACUCAAAGUUUAGAAAGUGUUUUGGGUGAUGUGAGCAAACACGUGACGAACAGUUUAAAAACAGCCAAAUCAACAAAAACAAUCGUCAAACCGACUCUGAACAAUUACAAUAAGAAAAAAACCAGUGCAAAAUCAUUUCAAUCCAAAUCCCUGAUCGAUAAUUAUUGA